AUGCCCCAGGGGACAGAUGUCUUGGGAUCUUUAACAUUUGGGAUGCUGCAAAUGCCGAAGUUAAAUGAAAUACCUCCGGGGAGGGGAGGCCCGGGGGAGCCUUGGGGAGAGGGAAGAUGGGCGGGACCAACAGGUCCUGAAGCUGUGCGACCCGCGCGGGGGGCGCGGGGGCAGGCGCGGGGCGCCAGAGCUCGGUGGGACAGCUGGGAAAACUCCAGACUACCUACACAUCCUGGCCCAGGCUGGGACCGGCGCAGCCCCUCCUUCCUCUGUGCCCCCUCUUCCCAGAAACUCAUCAUGGAGAGUAAGGAUGAAGUCAGUGACUCGGACAGCGGCAUCAUCCUGCAGUCUGGCCCAGACAGCCCUGUCUCUCCAAUGAAAGAGCUGACCAAUGCAGUGCGCAAGCAGCAGAGGGCUCUGGAAGCGAGGCUGGAGGCCUGCUUGGAGGAGUUGCGCAGACUCUGCCUGAGAGAGGCGGAGCUGACCGGUACUUUGCCACCAGAGUAUCCCCUUAAACCAGGUGAGAAGGCCCCCAAGGUCCGGCGCAGGAUUGGAGCGGCAUACAAGCUGGAUGAGCAGGCCCUACACAGAGAGGACCCCCUGAGCAGCCUGGAGCGCCAGUUGGCCCUGCAGCUUCAGAUCACCGAGGCGGCUCGCAGGCUGUGUGCCGAGGAGAACCUUAGCAGACAGGCACGCAGGCAGCGGAAGCACGCUGCAGUGCUGGAGGAGAAGAAGCUUCAGGACCUUCAGCGAUGCCUGGGGGAUCGGCGGAGGAACAGUGAGCCCCCUCCUACCACUGUGCCCUCCCUGGGCAGAGAACUCAGUACCUCUGAUGACAGCUCCUUGUCUGAUGGGCUACUCCUGGAGGAAGAAGACUCUCAAGUGCCAAAACCUCCCCCAGAGUCACCGGCACCGCCUUCACCACCUUCACGGCCUCUCCCACCUCAGAGCCUUGAGGGCCUGCAGCCAACAGGGCCUGAAUCUGGCGGCCUGGAGCGGGCCCCUAUCCAAAACAGUCCCUGGAAAGAGACCAGCCUGGACCACCCCUAUGAGAAGCCAAGGAAGUCUUCUGAGCUCAGUAGCGAGUCCAGCAGCCCAGCCACCACUCCUCAGGACCAGCCCAGCCCCUCCAGCCUGUGGGUGCUGGAUGCUGCCUCUUACCACGUGGUCCCCAUCCGAAAUGUUCCUGGCCAGCGUCAGGGCCGCACCAGUGCCCCAGCCACCCCUGAGAUGCAGGGCAGGAGGGGCCAGUCACAGUCUCUAAGGGUGGACUCCUUCCGAGCAGGUGUGGAGGGCCGAGGUCGCAGUGCCUUUCCCCGCCGCCGCCCCACUCAUUACACAGUGACGGUGCCAGACUCCUGCUUCACACCCAGCAAGCCCCCGCUGCCACACCCUGCCUGCCAUUCCUGCUCUGAAGACAGUGGCUCUGAUGUCUCCAGCAUCUCCCAUCCCACCUCACCGGGCAGCAGCAGUCCAGACAUCUCUUUUCUACGGCCUCUCUGUCCCCCUGAGCCACCUCGCCACCGUGGGGCCUGGGGCCCAGCCUGUGGCAGAGAGUUAGCCACUCAUUACCCUAAACUACUGCUGCCCGCUGGGUACUUCCCAACGGGUCGCUAUGUGAUGGUGGCCGAGGGCCACCUGCCGCCGGGCGAGUGGGAGCUGUGUCGUGCAGCCGUGGGUGCUGCCUAUGACGAGGAAGGUGCACCCCUGCGUUACCAGAGGCUGGUGCCCUCCCACAGCCGCAUUGUGCGCACACCCUCACUAAAGGACAGUCCUGCGGGCCGGGGACUCAGCAAGGCAGCAGUCUCAGAGGAGCUCAAGUGGUGGCAUGAGCGAGCGCGUCUCCGGAGCAGCCGCCCCCACUCGCUAGACCGCCAAGGGGCUUUCCGUGUUAGGAGUCUGCCUCCUGGGAGGGAGAGCUUCGGUCGGGCCUCGGGACCCCGGACACAGGUGCCCCCAGUGUGCGUACUCCGGAGGUCGCCAGAUGGAGCCCCAGUGCAGGUCUUUGUGCCUGAGAAUGGAGAGAUCAUCAGUCAAGUGUAACUCUGAAAGCUCACCUAGUGCCGGAAAAGACUUUUACAUUGGAGCUGGGGUCGAGCUCACCCAGUACCGGAAAAGACUUUUACAUUGGAGCUGGGGUCGAGCGAGGACCCCCUCACCCUUAAGUGCUUCUUUCGGCUCUCCUACCCUCAUCGCAGGCCGAUGACGCAGAGCUGAAACCUUUGUUUUUACAUGUGUUUUCCAAAAGUCCUGACCUGAGGAUUUAUAUCUGUGAUUUGUCUUCAAGGUUCUUUAAUAACAUGAUUGUGCUUUAUCCCCCAGAGUCUGGCCUAAUUGGACUAAUGUCGUGCUGGACUGGUCGACAGCACUUGUCUCCUUAUGCAGGACAGGUGGCAUAGGAGGCCUAUUGAGACUCCCCAGGUGCUCUGGGCCCUCUUUCUGAGAUAGCUGUUGCUUCUUAUUGCUGGAGGCGGGAUGUGGUACUCCCUCAACAGAGACCCUUCCCUUGUUUCCCAGAUGCUGGGCAGAACUCUCCUCUCCCUUUUAUGUGCUCUAUGACGCACACCCAGGGCACAGGGCAUUUCUGUCACAGUGUUCUCCCCACACCCUACAGUAGUCCCACCUCCACUUGCCAUAUUGUAUGGCUUCUGAGCCCCUUCCCCAGUGUAUAGAUCCACCACUGCGCUCCCAUCCCAGUGUAUUCUCUGGACUCCUAAGUGCCUUAGAUCCUGAGUCACAGACCUGGGAGACUUCCGAGCGCUAGUGCCUCCCCACACCUGAGCGUCCUUCAGAUUAACUUAUUGGUCUUACCUAACAGCUAUCUCAUGUGGUUGCACAGUGGCGGUGCCCUCAGCUGCAGGGCUGAGACUGUGCAAUGUUGUGCCAAAUACUUCAAUAAAAUCUGAUUGGC